GCCGAGAGUGUGUCCGAGCCCGACUCGACGCCCAGCGCUGCUCAGCACAGCCAGAGCACACCCGUCAGUGGAAGAGAGCACACGUACACAGAAGAAAAACAAGAGCGUCAAGACAUCAUCCCAGGAUCUAUCUAUGCGAACGUCAACAUGAUGGCCACUUCGGCGUUCGUCAACCAGCAGUUGGCGUCAUGCUUGGCCAAUGGACUGGGGUCGCUGUGCGGCCCGACUGUAAAAUCUGGCUUUAGCUCUGGCCUCCAGUCGGGCUUCCCCGUCCUGGGCGGUCUCCCUGUAAUGAGUUCCGGCCUGCCCGCCAUGAACACUGGCCUCGGCCCCAGCAGCGGGUCCUCCGGCUUCGGCUCGGCUGGCAGCUCGAUGUACGGCUCGUCUGGCUCCAGCAGGGAGCACAGCAUCAGCAGCGUCGACUCCAUCCUCUCGGACAUGGUCAACGCCCUGAGCGGGGAGGUGCUCGCCGACUCGGACCCGGACACCUGCCUCCACUGCGGGGACAUGCUGAUCGGCGCGCGGUGCGCGUCGUGCAGUGAGGGCUUGCCAGGACUGCCGCUGCCGCCCGCCGUGCUGCCCGGGCUGCCGCCCGCCGUGCUCCCCAUGCUGCCCUCCGCGCGCCUCGCCAGCCCGCCCGGGCGCAGGAGCAGCCCGCCGGCCCCGGGCCUCGGCCCCGCGCGCCGCCCCCACACCCCGCGAGCGCCCCCGAUGUGCGAGCAGCACCCGGGGGAGGUCCUGCGCCAGGUCUGCGAGACCUGCUCUACGCCCAUCUGCGGCGUGUGCUCCAAGGCGCACCGCGGGCACCAAGUGACCCACAUCAAGUUCGCCAUCGAAUCCAGCAGGAUGGCGAACAUGAAGUACCUGUCGGACGCCCAGGCCGGAGCUCAGAACAUCCGGGACCGGCUAGACAAAACCCACAAGAUGGUGGAGGCCGUAGAGAGUAAAUCCAUGCAGGUGGUCACCGAGGUGCGACAGGCGUCGCGACGGCUCAUAGCCGCCGUGGAGGCCAGGGAACGGGAGCUCCUCGCGCAGGUGGACAAGGUGCGCGCGCUCAAGUCCAAGUCACUCCUCCUCCAGACCGAGCAGCUCCGCAGUCUGCUGCAGCGUUUCGUCAGGCUCUCGGACACUCUCCGAGAAACGCUUCAGCACGACGACAGUGUGGAUCACCUCGUGGCGAAGGACAAGGCCGCCGUGGAGCUGGCGCAGCUGCGCGCCGCCCGCGCCAACCUCAGCAGCGGCGCGGCGCCGCAGGUGGGCGUUCCCUUCGAGGACGACGCCCUCGUCUUCGUGCCCCCGGAGCCCGUGCUGCUGCGCGCGUUGGGGUCGAUGGGCUCGGUGACCAGCAGCGCCUACGCGCUCACCACCGUCGCCGUGGGCGACGGCUUGACGCGCGCCGUCCGUGGCCGGCCUGCCGCCUUCACGGUGCAUGUGAAGAAUCACCUCAACGAGGUGGUGCAGGCCAGCGCCCUGGGCGCCCAGGACACGCUGGAGGCCGUGCUCGUAUCUCCCGACGGCGCGUUCACCCACGCCGACGUGGACGACCGACGCGACGGGAGCUUCUUGGUGGUCUACCGCGCCCGCGCCGAGGGCCCCCACGCCCUCCACGUCACCCUCCGCGGCCGCCACAUCGUCGGCAGCCCGUUCCACCUGGCGGUGCGCUCCGUGCGCACCUACGACGGUAUCCGCAGCCCGGUGGUGUCCUUCGGCCGCCAGGGCGGCCAGGACGGGGAAUUCCUGCGGCCGUGGGGCAUCUGCGCAGACCGGCAGGGGCGGCUCAUCGUGGCGGACCGUUCCAACAACAGGAUCCAGGUGUUCCGGCCCGACGGGUCGUUCUUGUUCAAGUUCGGAACACACGGCAGCGCGCCCGGCCAGUUCGACCGGCCGGCGGGCGUGUGCUCGGACGCCAGUGGCCGCAUCAUCGUGGCCGACAAGGACAAUCACCGGGUUCAAAUAUUCAAUGGAGAGGGGCAGUACCUGCACUCUUUCGGCGAGAUGGGGUCCAAGAAUGGACAAUUUAACUACCCCUGGGAUGUCGAUGUGAAUUCGGCCGGGCAGAUUGUGGUGGCGGACACACGCAACCACAGAAUUCAACUGUUUUCAGCCGAUGGCAAAUUUAUAAACAAGUAUGGAUGGGAGACAUCCACAAAUAUGUGGAAACAUUUUGAUACACCUCGGGGUGUCUGCUUCAACCCCGAUGGCUACAUCAUUUGCACAGAUUUCAACAACCACCGGCUGGUGGUUGUUGAACCCACCUUCAGGAACGCCCGUUUCCUGGGCUCCGAAGGAGCUGGCGUCAAGCAGUUCCAACGGCCUCAGGGAGUAACUGUUGACGGGGACGGGCAAAUCAUCGUUGCUGACUCCCGGAACAACCGUAUUCAAAUCUUUGAGCCUAAUGGUAAUUUCAAAACUCAGAUUCAGGGUGUUGACAUUGAUCGCCCCAGUGGCAUCUGUGUCACGCCUGAGGGCAAUAUUGCCUGCAUAGAUUUCGGAAAUGACCGAGUUGUAUUGUUUUAACUAUUUUAGAACAUUUUUUAUAUUCUGUUAAUCUUGAUUUGUUUUUCAUCAUUUUGUUGGCAGUUUAC